UGUUCGCAGUUUGAUAUUUAGUUUGUUACUAAAUGAGUUGGAUACAUGAAGGAGAGGCGUAGUAAGAUAAAGAUAGCGAUACUUGGGUCAAUAAUGCACCCUGGCUUCUUGGAGGAGGGGAUUAUGUUAGGGGUGGCAUUUUGUUGGCGGUCUUUUAGAGCAUGGCUCUCAGUACCGCUCAGUACACCGAAAGCCGCAGAGACAGGCGGACGUAUUGUGGGUCCAAACGGUAUCGAUCUGAAACGCUGUUUGUGUGUGUGUCACGGAGCUAACAGCAGACUGAGGCGGACGAGCACCGGUGUGUCAGUUCGCUGCCUGGUCGUUAUCACGUGAGCAACACUCAAGUUCGUUGGGGGCACGGAAAUUAACAUAAGAAUUAAUACACAAAAAAUCUAACAAAAUCGUUAAUACGCGUGUACGAGCUUCGGGAAGAAUAACCACUACAACCGGGUGUAAGAUUACAUAAUUUAAGUGUUCGUGUAAACAACGCAAAUAUUAAUAGAUAAUAUUUGAACACUGUCAAAAUAAUUAUCUAACUGGUCUCUUCUACUUAUGCAAUUAUGUUAAACAUAUAUAAUAUUCGGGUUAAGUCGGUGGUGCUGAGGAAAAACUCGUAAUGUGUUGAUAAAACUGACUCACACGUUGGGAUCAGUAAGUCAGGAAAGUGACUCCGAUGACUCCCUUCGGGGUACUAUUCGCCAUUGUGGCUAUGACAAGUGUGUCAGUGCGAAUUGUUGGAGGUUACAUAGAAAUUGUAAAGGACUGGGGCUGCGACACGACUGAAUUCAGACUAACUUGCAGAGUUCUGGAAGCACAAAUUGCCAUCCUUGACGCCUUCUUCACGGGCAACACUUCCAGCUGCACUUCUCCAGCAGUUGGGACUGCCAAUAAAACCCCAACAGCAAAGCCCCCCUUCUUGGAGGAGGACGACAACGAAACUUCUGUCACAUUUAACAGCUCUACGCUUCUCAGAGUCCCCAGAGAGGCUGUUUCUUCAGAUAAAAAACAAAUUACGCUUCCAGUCAAACACAGGUGUUCGGGGGUGAACCACUGCAGUUUCCGCCUGACGUCAGACUACAAAGCGGCGGAAGAGUGGGGGCCUGGCGUGGUGUUCAUCAAGUAUGCCUGCAUAAAUCACGAGCACAUCACGAAGAACUGUCAGCAGGACAUAACUGUGGUAGGGGAGGGCUUUGUGGAGACUCCGGGGUACCCCCAGUUCAAUGUGGAGCGGAAUUGCGCCUGGAAGCUACGGACGCAGGAAGGACAGCGCAUCCAGUUAUCAUUCCUCGACAUCUCACUCAGAGAUAUUGGUUCCUCAGAGACGAAAUGCACAGACAGACUGACAGUGGAGGAAGAGGACCGAGAGCUGCUCUCCGUAUGCGGAGAGAAAGAGGAAUCAAUCGUCAUAGAGUCCGACGGCGGAGGACUGGACGUCUUCGUCUCCAUCAGAAGCAAGAAUAUCUUCCCUAAGAGAGGCGUUCUUUUCCAGUACAAAGCGUUGGGAUGCCCGCCGCUGAAGACGCCUGCGGAUGGGUACCUGGUGGACCGCAAUGCCUCGCAUGCGCAGUAUAUGUGCUGUGUCGGGUUUGUGUUCCCAGACACCUCGAGGCGCGACCGGAGCCUGUACUGCGAAAACGGAUAUAUGUGGACCACAGACUUACCGGACUGUAUCAACGUUACAAACACCAUCUGGACCAGGAACAGUUCACUCAUCCGGUUACCUGAUACAGACACGAACCUAACAACUGCGAUGGCUGCGGUCAUCAAGGAGUCUGAUUUCAUUUACGAUAUAAUUCUGCCAACACUGAUAAUAUGUCUACUGCUAAUUGGAAAUGGAGUCAUAAUAUUCAUAAUCUUCUACUUAAGGAAAAGGAGGAAAUUGGCCCAGCAAGCUGAUGAUGAGGAGCUGGGAGCUAUUUUCCAGCCUCAUGAUGGCAGCGUCAAUGACAAAGCAAUAAGUGUGUGACGUUUCCAGCCGGCCCAGGAAUUGGAGAUCCGGGCCUGUCGUUCUGACUUUUAUGUGAUGGGAUGGGACUAAAUUGAAGCUUUCAAGUGAGAACACUCAGUUUUCUACAGCUGUCAUAAUGUGGGCCAUUAGUGUCUACUGUAUCCUAAUAAUUUAAGUUUUUACUGUACAAAAGAAUUCUAGUCUAUAAUGUUGGUGAGAAUACGGCUUAAUUUAAUGUAGAGUAAUGUAGCAGAUAAAAUAUAGACAUCUAAAUUAUUCUAUUACCCUUCAUCAAGUUGACCUAAUUUAUAAAAAUACCUUGUUAUAGAACAGUUGUAAGAACUUAAUAUAUUGAAAUACAGAAUGGUACAUGAAAUGAUCCAGUAUUAUAUCUAUUAAUAAAAUCUUUAUUUCAACUACAAUACGAGAAACUAACAUACAAAAAUAAAGGUCAUUGCAUGGAGAUUUAUUCUCUGUGAAUCAAGUGUUCAAUAUGACCAUCAUUAUGUCUGGCAACUUCUUCACCACGAACCUUGAUGUUGUUGAUUACUCGAUGACACAUAUCAUCAGUUAUCUUAUUGCAGGCUUGAAUAAUUAAUGCUAUCAAUUCCAUUACUGUUUGUGGCUUUUUCAGAGAAAUCUUUUGCUUAAGAAAUCCCCAAAGAAAGUAAUCACAUGGAUUUAAAUCAGGACUAUUCGGGGGCCAGUUCUAUUCGCAUGUGAAACAAUCAGGAAAUUGGUUUGAGAUGACACUGAACGGUAAGUUUAGGCAGCACUGUCAUUUUGUCAUAAUACAUGUUCAAAUCACUUUUGAAUGUCUGGAUGUCCCUAGUUAUGCUGCAGCCUUCCUUGUUGAUAUACUGGGCCUUUUUUGCAGCAUAACUCUGACAGCCUCAAUGUUCAUUGGAGAAUGCACAGAUGAAAGCCAGCGACAGUUCCUCUCAAACACUGAACCAUCAUUAUUAAACUGGUUUUAAAUUUUAUGAAUGGUUUUGAAUGAAGGCACCCAUUGCGUUUGAAAAUGGGCAUGAAACUGCCGCAGUGUGAUCACAACACUUUUUGUUCCAGUAAAGGAAAAAAUUGCUUCUAUGCAUUGUUCUACAGACAGUCUUCUAUUGUCAACCAUCUUGUGUAACUGGUGCAUGAGCAGUGUGACACUAGAGAAUCCAGGAAGAGCAAGAACUAAUCUCCAUGAUCUACUGUAAGUGUUACCAUGUUACAAAACAUUGUUCACUGCAUGGUUGAGUAAUGAAUACUAAAUCAAAUACUGGAUCAUUUCGUGCACCAUUCUGUAUGUUAAAUCAGAUGAAUGUUCUUAAACUGUGCGGUGGAAGCUCAGUAACUCAUAGUACUGUGUAAUAAGAAUUGCAAUACAUGCCUUUAAACAGCCUGUAAAGAGAACACACAACUAGCACUCCUUGUCUGGCAACUAAAUGAUUGAAAAUAGCAAUCAUCGUUAUGGACAUAUGGGAAGUGAUGCAUGCAGUUUGUUAGGCAUAUAGCAAUCUUCAGGGUAACAAAUGAAGGCAGCAGGUUCCUCAAAAAUGGUGGUACCUAUGUAUGAAAACUCAUGGCACCACAGGCGAGAAGACUAUAAUCUUAAUAUUCACUGCCAUGAGAAUUCCAGAUCUCAAAAACAGCCAUGUAUUUACAUCAUUACAAAUUUAUUAUUACAUUUGCUAACUCAAUAAAAAUUAACAAGCAUCAUAUAAUUAUUGAACUGCAGUACUUCUACAUGUCUUUAAAAUUCAUCGCUUUUGUAGCUUACCAUAUAAGAAAAGCAUCAUGAUACUGUAGGAGAUUAUGGUACUGCAGUGUGACAUCAGAGCACAGGAUGUUGCAAGUGCUGUCAGUAGGUGGAUCUGCAAACAGUAGUCCUUCUGUCAUCGACUGUUAUUAUAUUCAUGAAAGACGUUUAUUUAGGGGAGAUCCUUGAAGCCUGUGCUUUGUAUUUUUUCAAUACAUAGCAUUACAUUGGAUGGUGGUUAACAUUAUUUUGGUCUGAUAUUUAUGGCUUUUAAUGAUAUAUAUCAUGUUGUAUUGUAUUUUUGUGGUACUUACACAAUUCUGAAAAUUUAGCAAUUGUAUCCUGACACUUGUAAUACCAAACAUAAUUUAACCCUGAAAGUUACAUUACUGGUAGCCAGUAAGUUCAAAAUACUCAACUGAUAAAAAACACUGCCAGUUGCACUUCCAGGAUAGUUCAUAAGAAGAUGUCAGUUGUUGCUCCUACAUACAUAAUGUGGCAUAUUGGCCCUAUGCAGGAACUGUUGAGCCACAGAGGCCUCGGGGCACGCAUGCAACGCGAGAGUUGCAGAUUGUAUCGGCAUGUUGCUAGUCUUCUGGGUUGCUGUGUCUGGUAAAUGGAUAGAUGUUUCAGAGGAACAUACUGCUUCUGAUUUCAGGAUUAAAGUGAGCCGAGAUUGAAAAAUGGCUUACCAUUAACCCUGAAGAUGGAGAACUUUGUUCCUCCAUAAUGUUGAACCCACCUACCAGACAACACAUAACACUGAAGACAACAAUGUGAAACCUCACUUAUACCUGUAUGCUUCAGGAAUUUCGUUCCCAUAAUGUAACUACCGUCAUGCAGUAGAGUCCUCGUUAAGAAGCUUAGUCUCUCAGCUAAUCAUGAAAUCUCCUGCUAUUUAAGAAACCCAGAUUAAUUACCUUGCUCACAGCAGCCCACAAAUGCAUCAUGUCUUGGGCUAGGUGCAUCCAGUCCAUAUCCAUACCCCCUAUUUUUAAGUAAAUUUUAAGUAUUACCCUCCCAUCUAUGCCAAGGUCUCCCAAGAGAUCUACUGUCUUAAAGACGCACAGAUUUCUUUCUUUCUUUCAUAUACAGAGUUAAUUAACUGACAGCAUGUUGACAGCUGGACUUCAGAACAGCCCCACCUGUUGAAAAGAAAUAUCCUCUGUUCAUCUAAUAUUAAUGCCUCCAAUUUGAAUACAAUCUUGGUUCAACAUAAAACAAGUAGUGACCAAUGUACUGAAAUGUGAUGCUUCCACUAUGCAGUCGGAGAGUGUAUGGCACUAGGAAGAUUUUUGGUCUGUUAUAAGUUAAUUCAUUCACCUACUGUUUCCAUCUUUAGCCUACCAGAGUUUAAUUGUAUCAAUAGUGAUCUCAGGGAAUGUGUCUAAAGGUACUGCGUACGAGAAAAUAAAAGCACAAAUGUGUACUCAUCCAAAUGCCAUAAAGCAGAAUUUAACUGUCUACAAAAAUACUCUUGCAAUACUUUCUCCACUUCAAAUCCUGCCCAUUAGUGAACAAGGAAAUAAGAAUUUGAUAAAUUUAUUUAUGAAAAUGAAUGAAAAUUUUAGUAAAGAUAAUUUUUCUCAAAAUAACAUUUUCUGUUAUAAUGUAUCUGUGAGGUAAUUACUGAGUUCCAGUUUUGUUCUUACUAAUAGUAAUAAUUCAGACUGUGACUUUAUAUGGAGUCUAACAGCUUUGUGAUGAGAAAUGAAACUACGAUUGCUUAGUAUUAAUGUGAUAAAAUAUCGUUCAUAUAGUUUGAGUGGAAAUAAGGGAAGUGUGUUUUAUUGAACAUGACUUAUCUGUGUUUGUGUGGGAUAUCCUGACCGGCCUAUAAGUGAAAUGAUGUUAUGGCUGUCCCAUUUCUAAAGCUGCAUGGAGUAACAAAUGAGUAUAUACGAGUAGGUGUUAAGCAGAAAUUUAAAGAAGUGACGACAUUAUUUUAGUUUUAAUGCUUUCCAGUAUAGUCUAUUAAGAGUAAUAAUCCAUGUUUCAUCACAACCCAUGAUAUAUAGAACAUAAUUCAGUGUCUGUUAUGUUUAAAACUAGUUAAAGGAAACCAGAACAUAACAUCUAUAUAUUAACAUUCAUAAGUAAAACUAGAAUAACUGUUCAGAAGAUUUAUCUGAAAUUUCAUCAAUAUGAAUUCAUACCAGAUAGAAUAAUAUCAUGCACAGACAAAACUUAGCAGCAUAAAAAUGUAACACUGUUUAACAGAAAAUUAGUAUUUCACUGAGCUAGGAACUUCUUGUUGUGGUAUACUGCAUCCUCUUCCUGAAGUUAGAAAACAAGAGGAUUGGCUAGAGCAUGAAUUAUGUUUACAUUUUGUUCUCUGUUGAAGGGUUUCAUAAACUUAAACAUUAUGAUCAGAAUAGCACACUCCUUCAGUAGUAUGCAGUACUUACCAUCUGAAAUUCCAUUUUAUAAUUGGUCAAUAUUAAAAAUGUAUGCUUGCAGCAAGAAAGAUUUGGGUCUCCAAGAUUCUGAGUGUGAGAUAUGUUGUCUAAUUUGUGUGCUUGGGCUCGCUAGCAGAUGCUUGCUUGGUGCGUCAAUUAUUGCUGUGAUGUGUAUUCUGUCCACAUACUGGACAUACAAAUUAUCACUGUUGCACACUUCAUUGUUGUCUACACAACUUUUGUAAACACUUUAGUGGCUUCACAGAAGUGAUAACUAAUGUUUAUACUCUGUAGUUACCAAAAUGCUUGAACUAAAUGUUACAAAGAUGUGUAAAAUUAAACUAUAUUUUAGGAAUAUUACAGUAUUUCAGUCUUGCCUUCAAAAGUGUUAACAGAAAAAUGAUGUAUCUAAUCUUUAAAAUUUUAUGAAACAUUCCAGUCUUGUACUAAUGUAUCAAUUUUUCUGUUUAUGGAAAAAUAAAGUUUAUAUACAAUCAGCAUAAUAAUUUAAUUCUCCCAUUAGACAUGUCAGUAAGAUUCCAAAUCUGAAUCUCACCCUUAAGACCAAUUCUCCAGGGCUGGAUUUACAGUUGCAGGGGGGCUGGGGCAAACAAAAUGGGGAGACCAUUAUCGGUGGCAACAAAUUUAGGUUAUGACAAUUUUAUUAAUUUCUUAUAAUAACUGAAAAUAUAUAACAACUUUUUGUGAUUUUAAAGAAGCAAAUGUCCAAAUAAAAUAUGAAGAUUCUAUUUCUGUGUUGUUGAGGCCCCAAGGCAACUGCCCUGCUUGCUCCCCCUCAAAUCUGGCCACCCAACUCUCCCAAGUUCCUUGUAAUUGACAACAGCUCAAAUUAAAAUUACUGACUUUUGUAAGCGAAACUGUACAGUUUGGUAGGUGCCAACAUUUCAGAGGAACCAGUUUCUUGUACAUCCUCUACUCUAAAGAUGGAGGCAGCAGCUUACUCUGAAACACUGGAAUCUUAUCAAACUACACAGACUCAUAUCCCAGAAGACCAUAAUCGGAAAUUAACCUCCUUGAGAGAUCAUGGUGAGUGUAGUCACAGAGAAAAAGAGACAUUUUCAAUGAUAUGUAAGGGGGUAUGGAUGAACACAUUCAACACAAUAAUAAAGAUGGUCUUAUAUGGCAAUGGAAUGCAUACCACCAGAAAAAAGACAAAAGAACUGGUAAGGAGGAAUAAAACAGGUACUGAAAACCAAAAACUUUAAUCAACAACUGGCUUCAAGAACAGACAUGGACAUAACACUGGAAUAUACAGACAUGUAAAGAAAUGUUACAGUAGGCUAAUCUUAUUAUGAAACAAUUUAAAGAUGUUUCUAAUUGACUGAAUGGAAAAAAUCUUAUUCUUAAAAAACAAUUCUCUUUUAUCUACUGUAAUUACAAUUAACAAAUGAAAGUUCUAUUUCAGCUUUCAUGGAU